AUGUGCCAGGAUACGGAUUUAGCUGGUCAAACUGAAAAUAAUGAUGAUGAUGUCGAAGCUGAACAAGACGAACUCUUGCUGGAAUCGGCUGGUGAUGUCAUUCCAAAAUUUUCGGCGGCUGUCAGGCCAGAUGAUUUAAUGUCCUAUUUUCCAAACAUUUUACAGUUGAUGUCUGCAAGAACGAAAAAACAACACAGUAUAUCUCAAAGAUCAUUUGCAUUUGGAACUUUAGCAGAAUGUAUGAAAUCUUUAGGUAUAUAUGUAGAAAAGUUUGUCCCAACACUUCUAAAUCUUUGGUUUACUGGCGCAAGAGAUUCUGCUGACGAAGUAAGGAAUAACGCUAUUUUUGGUUUAGGGGAGAUGAUUUUACAUGGAAAGGAUAAGAUAUUGAGCUUACCUACCUCGUCUAACAAUGUCCCUAAUUUCACAUUAAAUAAACAAGUAAGGAAAAUUAAUCACACAACUACAACUAACAAAUGUAGAGCAACUUCACCAAUUUUACCCCACACCUCUGUCUCAACUUCUAACAAAAGACCUACCCCUAAAUCUAAUCCUAUAAUACCCAAUCCCUACAGGGACGAAUUUAUUGAUUAUAAAAAGAAACUUAUAUUACCUGUCACAUCUCAUAUUAAUCAACUUAUGUAUACCAAUAAUCAAUCUAAACCUAUAUGUAAUUUAGAAAAUGAACUAAGAAAACUAAUUUCUAAUAAUUUAGAAGAAACAGGUAAUAACACAGAAACGGAUAAUUUAGCGACGAGUGACAAUGAAAGCAUUCACUCGCAUUAUUAA